UCCCCAUGUGUCAGGGGCAAUGAUGCAAAGCCUUUGGAAUGUGGUUCUGAUCUUCUUUUACUGCAAAACCAGAGCCAGUAUAGUUGACCCAACUGUUGGGGAAGGAGGAGGAGAGUAUCUGUUUGGAAAUGGAAGCUAUUUACCAGCUAGUAAAACAGUGAGACUAAUCAGAACCGCGAGGAGUCAAGUCGGUUCAUUUGCAAACAGAGCGGUCUAUGCCUCCAUCACUGCAGGCAUCAGUGACACUGCAUUCAAUGACUAUAUACAAGGCUUACUGUCGGAGGUGAUCAAGCAACUGCUGCCACUGGACAUAACAAACUCACUGCCGAAGACAAUCCAAGAUGUAAGUGAGCUCUUAAAAGGCAGAGAAGAUACAAAGCUGACUGGAAGCUUGAGAAACAAGGCUGACGAAACAGAGAUGCUCAAAGUGAUACAAAGUAUAACGCACUUGGCCAUUACAAAAAUUACAAUUCUUCCAACUUUGAUGAAGUUUUCAUCUGGUGACAAGGUCCACCUUUCCCUUCCAGUUGAAAUUUCCAUUAAAGGUGAAAGCACCGAGAGUGGUAUCUUCAGUUCUGAAGUGAAAGUCAAGAUUGAUGUUGUAUCCAAACUACUCUGGGAUUCUUCCAAGAAUCAGAUAUUCAUCAUUGAAGCUUCAAGGAUCUUUAUCAACGAUAUUAAAGUCAAACAGCAAAAGAGUGUGGCUGGACCAGAUGAGAACAACAUGCAAUCUGUGGUCUGGACAAUUUUGAUUGAUGUGAUCCGUCACUGCAUCCGAUUGGUGGCUGACAUCCUUAAUGUCUCACUUCUGAGUACACUGGCUUCUGCAGUUCCUGUUGGAACAUUUGGGACCAUCCAUUAUGAUCUAAUGGGUUCCCCUAAAGUAAAUGAUAGGUAUUUCCUGAUUCCUUAUCAGGCAAGUAUUAUUCUUGGCUUUGGAGAACAGGUUGCGUUAUGAAAUUCUGACUAAUCCCCAUAUCUAUAACCUCUUUUCUUGCCUUGUGAUUGUGACAAUGGAAGUCAGGCGUAGAUGUAGUUGUGGUAUGCCUUUCUGCUGCUGUUCCAGUUUUAUUUCUCAAGAUCUGCCUUUAUAAGAAGAAGCACAUGACACAGCUCUCUUGGGAAGGUACCAUUUCAGGAUAUGUGGGGGGAGCAGAAUUGCAUGACCCAACACCAGAAAUUCCUAACACAAAGAAUACUAGUAGGUUGAGGGGAAAG